AGUCGGCCGGAAAACCACACGAAGAAGACCAUUUAAACGGAAGUGAACAGUAACCAAGAACAAUUUUUACGUUAUCGUUUUUAUUGUUGUUAUUUAGACGUUUAUUAAAACCCUGCAUAGCAUCACAUACUUACCCCAGGUACUAUUUUAUUCGCGUUGGAGAAAGGUUAGGUUGAUGUUAUCUAGGUAACGAUAGGUAGCUAGCCUCUAACAAUGGCUGACUGUAUGGUUUUUCACACUCAAAUAGCCUCCAUUAUGGAGGUGCUAGCGAAUGCAGCCGUGGCAGAGAUCUGUAAGCUCGUAGACGACGACUACGCGGUGUUUCGUUUGGAAAUAACUCAAAGACAAAAAGAAAACAGGGCAUUGCAGAGGAAACUACAGCUACUGGAACUGAAGGUGCCACGGGACCGCGCUGACAAGACAAUGCGAGAGCGCGUCCUCGCCAGUCGUCCCAGAAGUGUAAAGAUCCUCGACAGAUACAGAGGAACCGCAAGAGUUGAAGGACAUCUUACUGGAGGCCACAGGAGCUUUGUGAAGCCAGCGGGGCACAAUUCAUGUAGAGAUGACCAACCAAUCACUGUUGAUGAGGGGGGUGGAACCUCAACCCAGCAUGUUAUCGUGAUAGAGGAUGCAGAGGCUGCAGGUCCUGAGGUCAAGCUGGAGAGGUCUCAAGAAGAGGAGGACCCACGGCACAGCAGAUGCCACUAUACUGGAACGGCUGGAGCGCCCCCUGUAGCCACAGAGGACCCCACCACCGCCCCAGCGCCACCCAUUACCCAACGAAACAUCACGGAGGAGGAGGGUCCAGAGGUGCCGCUCAUGAAGGAGGAGGGGUGUGAGGGGGGUCUGGGGAACCCUGAGGGGAACAUGGCCAUGGAAGACAACCAGACUACACCACCACCUGAACCCACAGAGGAACCAGCUGAGCAGCACAGGACCACAUACAGUCUCACUGAGUCAGUAGACAUGGAGGAAGGGAAGCCUGAUCUGCUACUAGUCAAGGAGGAGACAAUAGAGGACGGACAAGAGAGUAUUGAUCUGCUGAGUGGACUAAAGAUGGGGGAGCAAGGCGGUUGGCUGGAGGCUAACAGAGGAGACUGGGCGGCCAUCUUGGAUACCCAGGCCAGUGCAGCCAAGAGCCCAGGGGACAACAUCAUUGAGCAUGCCAGGACCAGAUGCGACAUAGUGGAGGUCAAUGGAUGGAACAGCGUCCUUAAUUCUGGGCUGGGGAACAACACUGUUAACCACAACCAGAAACAGAUGGUCGAAUACAAAACAACAGCUGAACUUAGUCUUCAUGACAACAGACUGGCUGAGACCAGGGCGAGGCGUAGAUUUGGUCUGCGGGGACGGGGAGGUGUCUGUAUGAGAACAGCCACAGACUCGGCUAGCGAUGCUCCGUCCUGCUCCUAUAGUUGUGAUUCAGAGAGACUGAUGGCGCCUCAGGUUAACCCUCUAACAGAUGCUGCCUUCAGCCUGCCUUCUAUAGGAUCUAUCAACUGGAACAUGGACCCUGCAACAACACAGACACUCCCUGGCCUUCGUCCUCCUCACAGUCUCCUAAUGUUAAACCAGACCUCAGACAAUGCCAGUGCCUCAACACUAAAUACCUACACAAGCCCAUUGACAAAUGACAGUAGUAGAGAUGGAAUCAGUAAAGGUGGCAUCGCCAAAGAUAAGUGUUUCCCGUGUUCGUUCUGUGGGAAAGCCUUCAGUUUCCCCAAACAGGUGGAGAUCCACCAGAGGAUGCACACGGGGGAGAAACCCUUCGGCUGCCACCUGUGCUGGGCCAGUUUUUCACACUCGUUCAGCCUGAAGAGGCACCAGAGGGUCCACACAGGGGAGAAACCAUUCAAUUGCCACCUUUGCCGGGCCAGUUUUUCACACUUGUUCAACCUGAAGAGGCACCAGAGUGUCCACACAGGGGAGAAAUCCUGAAGCUGCCCCAGUGUGAGAAGAGGUUUUCCCACCAGCACCAGCUGAAGAUGCACCUGAAGGUCCACAUGGUAGAGAGACCGUUCGCCUGUACACACUGCGGGUUCUCAGAGAGGAGAUACCUCAGGAUACACCAGCAGAAAACAUGGUCCAUGUAUAGAGUAUAGUAACAUAUAGUACUAGUUAGUGUGUUUGUAGUUAAUUAUGUUGCUUUUGGAUUUAGUAGGGAACUGGAUGAGGUAAACUCCACCCAGCACUGCCAGAAGAGGACUGCGUUUUUCCUAGCCACUGUGCUUCUACAUCUGCAUUGCUUGCUGUUUGGGGUUUUAGUCUGGGUUUCUGCUGAUGUAUAAAGGGCUUUAUGAAUGCAUUUGAUUGAAAUUUGAUUGAACUGAGGAAAGAAUGAGUAUGAUGAGGCAGAGUAGAUGAUAUGGUGCUGGAUGGUGUGAUGGUGUCUAGUAAAGAUGCUUCACUAAUGAAGAAUGACAAACUUAGUCCCUUUAGGUUGAUACUGGUGGUGUUAUAGUGAGAUCAGGAUGGUGCCUUGUAAUGUUGAACCUUUUCCAAAGUAUUCUGAAAUUCAUUUUAUCAAAGUAAGGGUUCCAGAUUUACAGAAAAGGUCCAAUGGUACCAUAGUGAGAAAAGUUAAUCUACUUGUAUCGUUUUGUGCAAUAAAAGUACCGUACGUAAAAGUUAUGCGAGUAAAUUACCAUCUUGUUGAAAUGAAAUACGAAUUUG